AGCGUAGAGAAGGCGGGGCCUAGUUUGAGAAGCGCGAACGGUUAACAAGGUACGACGACGAGAAAAUGGCGAACACCAAGUAACUUUGAUAGUAAAUUUAGUUUGGAAACUUUUUGUGGCACCAACGUAAAAAAGUGGGAUUAUUUGCUAUGGACUAUGUCAGUGUUAAGAACGACAAACGUGGAGCACUUGGACUUGUAAGGGAAGAAUAUGUACCAUGUCAAGUGAGUCGUGGUAGCGAAUAUGCUAUCUUGCUAGCGUGAAGAAACAUUACUUUCCUUGAUAUGUCAUCUUCGCUAAAUGGCGUACUUAUUAAUACAAUAAUGGGCUAAUAGUUGAGCAGUGACGGCUCUCUGAUCACAUUAUAUUGUUUUAGUAGUAGUAGUUUUAAUGACGUGUAGUCGAAGAUAAUAAACAAUCGCUCUUGGACGGAAUGGCUCUACACAACCUAGUAUUUGUCGUCGACGUGGAUUACGGAGCUCAAGAGUCAGACGAUCGGCUGAAAGUCAGGAAUCACCUCCUGAAACGUGGGAUUCUGCAAAUUUUGCUUCACCACGGCUACAAGUAUGGCUUCGACAAAGUACGCUGGGGUUACAAAUUCUUCCGAUCCAAGACUAGUCGCAGUGCCAGCCUCAUAACAAGGGGUUCGGACUUCAAAGAGCUUCGCCAAAAAACUUUCGAGGACUUCCUCUUGGAAUUCGAUGGCAAGUUUGACGGCAGAGAGAUACACCUCGCGUCCCAGCAGUGUAGCCAGUCUGCUUCUGUGCAAAACUCCCUCAAAGAAAUCCUCCUGGAUUUCCAAUGGGACCGACCAGACAUCACCUCUCCUACUAAAUUGUCGCUAAGGCCCAGGAAGACAAACCAAACUGGCAAGCCAGCAUUACCGCUUGAAGACAACCUUGCAAACCACAGCAAAAAUGUGGUGUUUGUUGUAUCGGAAUGUCCACGGAGCUGGACACAACUCGUGGACUACCUCUGCAUUGAGAACAUUGACGUGCAUGCAGAUGUAUCUGAGUACAUUCUAUCCAAAAGUAUCCAGGACAUGUUGAUUCAGAGGCAGGUUGUGCUGCACUGGGUAGACAGUACAUUGCAUGACAUGCAGUAUGAGGACAAUUUGGGCUUUAACAAGUUGGCCCAGGUCCUGACACAGGUGGGCGGCAAAGUGAUCCCCGCAGUGGCCUUAUUGAACCGUCAUUACACAGGGAAGACUGACUUAGGCAGUUUCCCCUUCCGGUCCAGUCUUGAGUAUUUACUGUCAUCCGAAAAUCUGUACCGCUGUGCCUUUCCUGUCACGGAGGGCAUGCUGCAUAUGGUCACAGGUGACGUUGCCCAGAGCUGUGCCGUGACUAUCGAGACUGUGUCCCGCAGACAGCAACCUCUUGCUCAUGGUGUGGAAGUUUGUCUGAUGGGUGUGCUGCAGGGUUGGGACGCCUUGUCCCUGUCGCACACCUCCACCGAGUCGUGGUUGCUUCAGUGUUCUGAACCUAGCGAGCAAGGCACUUCUUUCUUCCAGGACGUCCUAAUGGACCUUUCAGCACAUUCGCUGCAUAUGUUUGCCGAAGUGAACUACAGCGAGCAGUCGUCCUCAGCCGUCCUCUCCCCGUUGUCCAACUUCACCGCUCUGCUCACGGUGCUCCAGCCUAAACUCACUCCGCACCAACACGAUCUCGAUACAGAAAUCACUGCCACAUCCACCGCACAUGAAAUCUCACCUGACCUUCCGGAAGUCGUCAACAGUGUGCUGGGCGUCAUAUAUGACAUGAUGGAGGAAGACAAUGACAUCACUGAUGAGCAACAGAAUGUUCCUGAUGCAAUUCCUGAGUGGGCACAGCAGGAACUCAGCCAUUGCACACCAAACUUUGGAUUAUUGGAGACUUGGUUCCCUCAUUCAGAUCACUCGGGAGUCACUUCCAAUUUAAUGGAGUCAUUAAGGCUGCUUCACGCCGCGCCCGACCAAAAUGAGGAAGAGGAGCUUCUUUUGGAAACGGAGCUGAUCGAUGAACUGGCAGAUUUGUAUCAGUCAUCAAAGGGACCCGAUAACAAGAGAGGCAAAAAACGAGGUGCGCAACGCACUCCAGUGAAGCAGAAGAUGAAGACCAUGAGCCGCUCAUUGCAGAUGCUGAACGUUGCUAGGCUCAACGUGAAAGCCCAGAAAAGCCAGGUCGACGUUGAGCCGGCGACGUCGGAGAGUAAAGGGGCGGAGAGACUAGCGAAGAGGCGAUCAAGCAACAAGAAUAAAGUGGGAGGAGCCAACAUGAUCACUUUCAGCAGUGAAGUGGAACUGCUUUCUCACUUGCAAUCCACUUAUGAAAAAAGCAUCGCCGAGAGAGACUCCUCUGUACUCACAGCUGGCCAACAGCUUUUAACUGUUGUGAAAACGUUCCUUGUGGCAGAAUCUGAGCUCCAGGUGUUUCAAUGGCAGGUCAAGAUUCUUCAGUUUUUUCAGCAGCACCUUCUUAAAAGCAGCAGAACCAUCAGGCAGAUUUACAGCUCUAAUGCUGAUGUGGAUCGUAAAGUUAGAGAGUGUCAGCUUCAAGCUCUGCUCAGGUUGGAGUUAUGCAGACUUAUCUCCUCUGACGAGGCUAAUGGGUUUGAUGCUGAACAGAUGGCAGAGGAGGUGGCUGAAAUGCUCAGAAUUAUAUCCUUGACAAAAGACCCUGUGUGCCUCGCAAGCUUCCUUCAGGAUGAAGUUCUACCAGCCUUCCUGACUGCAAUCCCAAGGGUCCUCGCUGACAUAUACCACAGUCUGGGCACACAGUUGCCAGAUGCCUUGGCGGCCGUACUUCCCGCGGACUUCUUCAGUGACGAGUCAGUCGCCAAGGACAGCGUUUCACCUGCGUUGUCUUCACCCCGCCUCUCUACGCACAGCUCGCUUUCCAGCUGUGGCAACCGCUUGCAAGAUUUGCGCAGUUGCUCCGCUAACAAUAGGAGGGGUGGGAUGCUGACUCGCCAUCGCAGUAUGACCGAAUGCUCACAGGGUCUACGCCAGAUAGAGAUGCCUCAAAAGACAAGCAAACCUUCCAAAUCAAAGGUCCAUACAGCUCCCGAGAAACCAGUCGCAGUACCACAACCUCAAAAACAAGGAGCACAAGAGGUGACCAAAGUGAGAAGAAACCUUUUUAACCAAGAGAUUGUAUCGCCGUCUAAGAAGGCCAAACUCCCACGGAGUCAGUCUGUGUCGGCAGUGGAGGGUUUGAAACGCAAGCGAUCCUAUGAAUCGGACGAGAGGCACAAACUCAUAACAAAGAAGGUAUGUGAGACACCCCACCACAAGCAGGUGUCUAAUCGGCUUAUUCAUCGACAAAAAAUGGGACGAAGCUCUCUCCCAAAUGAAGAUUGUAUUGUAGAAGAGUCACCAAUAAAGCCAGCAGAAGAUGUCAGAAGGAGCCCAAGGAUAAAGAGCUUUGGCAGGCAUCAAUCAAACACCUUUUAUUCAAGCUCGCAACCACGUUCUCGCAACCUGGAGAGGGCGCUCUCCGCCUCUCAGCUUCCUCUCAGCGAAGGCAGGAUUCAUGACGUCAACUUAAAAAAUGUUCGAUCUCCAUUGAGGCUUCUUUUUGGGGCCGCCGAGUCGCCAGGUCGUCCUUCUACUUCCGCUGGGGCGACCACUAGGUCUCAGCUGUCUGUGGACUCCAGUGUCUUUGAGAGUCCCAUUAAGACACCAGAAAAAACACAUGGGAAAUGCGGAAGAGACAUUUUUGGGGAAACAACCCCCAAAACUCCAUCCUCUUCCAAGCUUUGUGGUUUCCCUGGUGCGGCAAGUCCCACUGAACCAUUUUCUAAAACCCUGAGGGGGGGUCCUUUUAGAGCUCCUCCAAAAAAUGCCCUUGUGACAGAGACGCCCACUAAACAAAGUCCUCUGAAAAGCCCACUGAAGGGAAUUCUCAGAACUCCUGUCAAGAUUUCGGAAUCUACAAAGACUCCCAAAAAGGUGGUCUCUUGGUCUCCGUCACCACACAAAAAAUGUAGUGCACCACACAACACCGCCACCUUCAAAAGGCCCGAAUCGCCUCACGUCCCAUCUCGGAGUUCGCCCAGAUUGCUCAAGACUUCCCUGAAGUUCAACAGCCCUGUGAAAAGCCCCACCAAGGAAAUGGAGACUUUCAAGACCCCUGAGAAGACCAGUCUGACACCACCUUGUCACGUUUGUCUUCAAAAGAUUUCACCAAAUGCGACAACUGUCGUCUUAACUGUAGCAGAUAAACCAGAAUUUUUCGAAAGACCGGAGGUUUUGCCUUUCCAAUUUUCCCCACCAGAAGAACCCAGCCCUCAGCGUACAGCCUCCAGCAGAUUUCACACAAAGACGCCCAGCCCAAGUCACAAAAUGACCACUCGUUCAGGACGAACGCCCGAUAAUAAUCCGAGGAGUCCUUCCCCUCGUAAGGCAGCUUUGCCAGUUUUACUGGACGGUACCAUUACGUCCCCUGAAAAGUCGUUGAAGAGAACUAGGUCUGGUCAAUUUGCUAAAUCUACCCGCAAGAAUUUAAUAUCUUCGAAUAAUGACAGCGUGACCUCUGCAUCAAAUCGAGAAUCUGCUUUCACUCCCGAAAACAAAAGUGUUCAAACGUCUCAAAGUGAGACAAGUUCUCAAUCAGAUUCUCAGCUUUUGGACUCUUCACAACUCAACUCCGCCACGGACGACAGUAAUGACAUCGUGGACGCAUCGGUGGUUAAGACGCAGUUUAGCGGAGGCCUCAAGAUGAAUAUCAGCUUUUCCCGCAAGCCUUCCAAAUCAAGGCAGGACUUUUUAACAGAGGCCUCCAACUCACCAACACUUGAACACGUAACACCCGGUCGCAGCUACGGCUUCCGACAGACUCCCGACCGCCAGCAGCGCGAAGCGGCUGCGCGUUUGGGCUACGCUAGUGACUUCAGAAGUUUCUCAACCCCUAGACGCCGGCAAAAAAUAAGCGCGAGCACGCCAAAGUCCACUUCUUAUGAAGUGGAAAUAGAAAUGCAAAAAUCCGGACUUCCCAAAAUGAAAUUCAAACGCACGGACUCCCCGAACGCUGCCAAUUGCCACACUGUCGACAGUCCCGGAUUGGGAACUCUGAGCCCUUUAGUGUCCGCUAAACCUUCUCAGCUAGACAGCCCGUUGGCUGUGUUCCCAAAGCACAGAGAUGCCAGUUGCGUCUCUCCGCCAGUCUGUAGCCACGCCACACCCGGAAAAGGGGGCGUAGUUCAAACCCACAUCUGCCAGUCGUACACCCCUACCCGCCAUACCCCAGGAACCUCGCCGCCCCUGGCGAUUGCCGAUGUAUUCUCCCUGUCCCCUUCCCCGCAGAGUGUCGGGAAGGUGACCCCGGACAACCUGAACAGCUGGCCUCGAAGGAAGAGGGCCCACGCGGGCAGAGGCAAAGAUCGUUGCCGGAAAGGCGAGCCAGCAGAGGAUGCGGAACUGGGAGUGAGCAGGUUGUCAGACGUGGAGGACGCAGAUGAAGUUUUAGCUCCAAGAAAACCUUAUUCCCCUUUGGAUGACUGGGUGGCACCACUUCACCCAGAUCAAGAGGAUAUGAUAUGGACAGAUGCGGGUGGAGACAUCCCCUCCACAGUGACACCUCCCGGUUCCACGGUAAGGAAGUCAGUCACGGCCAGUGGGAUUUUGGCCCUCACGCAGUCUCCACUCCUCUUUAAGGGAAACCCCGCCUCCACAAGGAAGAGAACGCCUCACUUGAAAGACGAAGCGCCGUCCGAGAAGAGGACGCAAACCGACGUGGCGGUCUCUCCCUUUCAACCCGCUCGGCGCUCUUGCAGCAGGAAACGGUUGCUCCACUGAUGCGCCCACAGUUGAAACUGAAGACUUCUUUCUUUGUCCGUCAGAGUGCUUUUGAUGGCGCAUGUGAAGGGUUUUUCAAGUCAACACUUCAAACAUGUGAAUGUCCCACAUUUAGCAAACUUGCCUUUAAAUUGAAUUUGGUUUUAUCUCAAAAUCGUUGGUCUUAAUUUGUAAUUUUGUAAAUGAUUAUUUAUUUGUUGCUAUAGUUUUCCAAAUGAUCAGAUUUUAAGUCAAAGGGAACAUUUGAAGCUUUUAUUUGUAAUGUAGAUAUUCUAUACAGUCUUGUAAAUAAAUGUU